CUCGGCCAAGACGACUCCAAGCUUUGCUUGGUUAAUUAGUCGUGUUUAGGAAACACGAAAUAGGUUAAUCGAAUAAUUUGUGAAGUUCUCCCAGAAUACGGCGAACACACCCUUCGUUCUCUCUCUGAUCUCUAUACAUACUUUCUCCAUAAAUCAAUAAAUCAAAACCCCCCUUCCAAAAAAUAUAAACAUAAUCAAAGCCCUAUUUGACGAACUUAUUCUCUCAAUUGCGUUCAAUAUUUUUGUAGGGUUUUACAGAAAACAAUGGAUGAAAUAGAUCACUACGAAGUUCUAGGGCUAAUUUCAGGCGAAGAAGGAUCAAUACUCACUGAGAAAGAAAUUUCAAAAGCAUAUCGUAAAAAAGCCCUAGAAUUGCACCCAGAUAAACACCUCAACGAUCCAAAUGCUCCGGCAAGAUUCCAGAAACUUCAAUUUUCUUACGAAAUCCUCAAAGACCCGAAAGCUAGGAAAGAAUUCGACGAAUUGCUCAAGGUUAGGAGAGAGAAACAGGCGCGCAGCAAGCAGUAUGAUUCGAAACGACGUCGGAUGAUGUCGGAUUUGGAGGAGAGAGAAAGAGCGGCAGCGUAUGUUGAUCCGGAGAAGAAGGCCAAAGAUGAAGAAGAGAGGAUUAUGAAGAAAUUGAGUGAGGAAAUUGCUCGAAUUCGGGCUAUGAUGGCGAAAAAGUAUGAGGUUGAGAAACAAGGGAGGAGAGAGAAUGUAGGUAGUGAUAAUGGAGGUGGUGGUGGUGUGGAAUUGGAUAGGAGUAAGGUGUUGAACGUGAGUUGGGAGAAGGUUGUUUCCGAUUAUACGGCGAGUCGAUUGAGGGAGUUAUUUGAGGAAUUUGGAGAGGUUGAAGAUGUUGUUAUUAGGAGUUCUAAGAAGAAAGGUCGUGGAAUUGUUGUUAUGGCGUCAAAAGAGGGUGUGGUUGCUGCUUCUGGAGUUAUGAUUGGUGAUUUAUCGAAUCCAUUACUGGUUUUGCCGCUGGAACCGGUUAAUCCAAUGCCGUGUGUAAGAGCUCAACAGCCAGUGGAACAAGAUGAAGCACUCCGGGGGAAUAUUAUUGGGGCUGGAUUUCAGGCUCGCGAGGAUUCAAUUCUCGAGAAAAUGCGAAAGGCUGCAGAGAGACAGAAAGCAGCCAAGAAGGAAGCAUAAAACAAAGUGCUAUUUUUGGGGCGUCCUUGAGCAGAGCCUUGGAGCAAGAGAGGAUUGUUGCAUCUUUUUCCAGUUUUGGUUUCUUUAUAUCUCCAGAUAGCAUACAACUCAUGUCUUAAGAGACAUUUAAUGGUAGAACCUUAGGCUUCACCAAACAGCCUGUCAAAGGCAGUUGACUGAAGCUAAGAUGGUCAUCGGAGAAUUACAUCGUAGCCCAAUGGUCUGCAGACACAAAUAUCGGGUUGGAAGCUACCUGUAGCUCGCUAGCUUAAACACUUGAGAAAUCUGUAUAUUGCUUUAUCGUGAGUCUUGACUGCUGUCCUAGAAGCAUUACUCGAGUUGCUAACAAUCUUUGUACCAAUCAGAGUGUAUAUGGAGAAUUGUAAUAUUGAAUUUAUCUUAGCGACUGAGAGUCGUUCACAUUCUAAUACCAAAUAGACAUGUUGGUACCAA